GGUUCGCCAAAGGCGGAAACGACUGUCCUUUACUAGCUACCAGUACCAAGCUUGCUCGCAGCCGCUGCUGUCCCCCCGCGACGCCAACCCCGAUGCUCGCCACCACCGCCGCUUCCCUUCGGCCGCCCCUCCGCCGCUUCCCGAGCGUAUCCUCUCCCUUGGGUACCUCCCAUGGAGGCGCCUCGCUCCUCCCAUGGCGCAGGCGGCGGUCGCUAGCCUGCCGCGCAGACCUGCAGCAGGACGCGCCGUUCGCGGCCGCCAUCGGCGCCUGCGUGCUCGCCUCGCUCGUGCUGCCCCCUCCAAGGCCCCGAGGGGAGGCGGUCGAGGAGGUGGAGGAGGAAGGGGAGUUUGGCUUUGGCGCGACGGACACGAGGAUGGCCGUGAUGGGGAUCAUCUCCUUCCUGCCUUACUUCAACUGGCUGAGCUGGAUCUUUGCGUGGCUAGACAGCGGGAGGCGCCGGUAUCUGGUCUACGCUGCCGUCUACUUGGCUCCGUACCUUAGAACUAACUUAUCGCUGUCACCUGAUGAGAGCUGGUUACCUAUUGCUAGCAUCUUUAUCUGCAUUUUACAUAUUCAGCUAGAAGCAGGCAUCAGGAGUGGUGAUAUUGAGAGUUUCAAGUUCAUCGAGAGCGCUCGGAAGCUCAUCUUUCCUAGUGCUGCUAAAGAGAAGUAUGGCGACCAUGGAAACAAGAGAGGCUCAAUCGGAACGGGCGAUAGACAAAAUAGAAGGAUACCAACAGCACAUGAAUCUAGGGAGAGGCUUCGCAAUUCAGAUAUCUUCAAGAGGAAGCUUGAUGACUCCAACGAUGAGAAGCAAAAGAAGUCAGAUUGGAACUGAGGCUCAAAAUGCUCGUUUUCUCCUGCAUUUUCCUGAAUCAACUGAAAAUGGUAUAGGGGGAUGCAUGAAUUUGUAGGAAGCCAUGCGGCUACAGGUGAAACUGAAAUGGAGCUGUAGCAGUCUGCUGUUUCAAAUGGGUCUGAAUCGUCAGAUUUUUUUUGCCCCUGGCUCCAAAUACUAGAUCUUAGGAAUAGCUAGCUUCUUACAAUGUAGCGCGCACAAAUAACUUGUCAGCCGAAGUGGACACAUCACAUAUGGUGACUCCAGUACUCCAGGCUUUGAGGCUCCGUUGUGUACUCGUAUGAAUGAAAUCAUUUUGUUGUCUACUCAUGAAUAAAAACAUGUUGUUUUUA